UCAAAGAUUUGAAAUAGUUUGUUUAUAUUUUUUUGGAGGGACUAAAUUUUUCGUGUUUUUGUUCUUAAGUUUGGUCUGUAGAGAGACUAUUUAAAACAAACUUAACUGAAAAACAUACAAGUAGAAUGAAGGUAGGGACAUAUAUAACCAAUGUCUUUCCUUGCAUUUGGUUUAGGAAUAUUCACUGAAGAUUAUGUCUGUUAUUCGGCUUCCUCUCAGGAAGGUGGCCGUCGACUUGAUGUGGAAGAUGGGGGUAAAAUUAUAAUGCCUUCAUCUGCUUUAGCAAAAUUGUCGCAGCUGGACAUACACUACCCCAUGUUGUUCAAGUUAAGUAACAUUAUCUCUAACCAUUCCACACACAGUGGCGUGCUAGAGUUCGUCGCAAACGAGGGACAUGUCUACCUGCCCAAGUGGAUCAUGAGGAACAACUUGCAGUUGGACGAAGGAGACCCUAUCCGAGUGCUUCUGGUCACGCUGCCGAUCGCCACCUUCGCCCGCUUCCAGCCCUUGUCCGUAGACUUCCUCGACAUAAGCAAUCCCAAGGCGGUGCUCGAGAGCCACCUACGACGUCAUGCUUGCCUCACCAUGGACGACGUGUUGACCAUCCACUACAACCAGAAGCUGUACGACCUCCGUGUGCUGGAGACGCAGCCAGGAACUGCAGUCAGCAUCAUAGAAUGCGACAUGAAUGUCGACUUCGCGCCGCCCGUCGGUUACAAAGAGAGAGUUCCCGAGCAACAGCUUGCGCCGGACCAGGGAAGUCAACAGUGUCUGACAGCCUUCGUGCCUUUUCUGACUCCAGGCUUUAGAAUCGAUGGGAAAAAAAGCAAACUCUCAUUGCAAAAUUCGCUCUCAAGUCAAGAAUCGACUAAAUUUUGCAAAGUAGUUCCAAAUUAUGGUUUUAAGAUCGGGUCUCUGCGGUUUGUAAGGGGUACUAGCAGCAAAAACAUUAAAGGCGAUGUUAAAAAAUCAUUCCAACCUUUCUCAGGACAAGGACGUUCACUUCAACAACUUUCAUUGGCCGGCACAUCAGAGGAAGAUCUCCAUGACCCUAGGUAAUGGUUGGACGAAAUUAUAAAAUCUUCUUCUUACAAUAUAUCACACAUUUCUGAAACAUAGUGAUACUAACUGCAAUUCUCUUCAAUUUUAGAAUUAUGUAAAUGAAACACUUCUCAGAUGUACAAGGACAGUUCUGCUCAUAUUUUUAUCUUUUGCCUCCAUUAUAUAACUAAGGUAGGCUUAUUUAGUCUCAUUAACAGGUUUUUUAAAAUUAAAAUUUAUCUUAUUAUUCAUCUCUGUUUUUUUAAUAGGUAGGUUCUCAUAAGUUUGCUGAUAUUUUCUAAAUGCACAUAAACAAUUUUAAAAGCCUUAAGGCUUAAAAAACCAAUCAACCAUACGACGAAUUAAAAACGCAUGUUUUUAAAAAUAGAUGUUUCUCAUGUACACAGAUAACAUAAGCUUAUAAGCGGUUUAUUAAUUAAUUUAUAAAAUAUUCAUCUUGGCAUUCAAAUUUCUUAAAAUAAAAAAAAAUCUUAAUAAAACAUAUAUAUUUAUUCUUGUUCAACUGCCGAGCAGCACUCUAUGGAAGUGUCUGUUGUUAACUAAAUUGUUUUAGGACAUUAGCUACCCGAAGUCUUUUUAAAAAUGCUAUACUGUUAGUUAAAGACACUGUCUUAACAGAUUUUUAAAAACAGAUAUUUUAUGUCGCACAUUUCAUGGAUACCCAUCAUCUCUAAUAUUACCAAUAAAAGAGUGGCAA